AUGACCACGAGGGACAUUGUCAGUUUCCUCAAGCGACUGGACGGCACAAUCGAUAUACCUCAAAAGAUCAAGAUUGACGAAAUCAGAGAGCUGGCCACUCGACUGUCACCCGAUCCUGGCAGAUUUCCCUAUGACCCCCGUCUUGUUGGCAAGACUAUCGCCCAAAUAAAGGAAAUGCUGCGUAACCUUGAAAACCCAAUUGAGGCCCCUCGCAAACUGAAGAUCAAUGAGCUUAGGAAAUUUGCUACAGAGAAAUUGCAGGAACAAGACUUGGACUCAGGCUCUGAGCUGACGGCCAUCUCUGAUCGCGCCACAUCUGACUCUGAGAGUGGAUCCGAAGAUGAGGACAUCGAACCGGUGAAGGAUACCCGCACUGGUGGUCGCGUCCCGACUUCAAGCCCCCCUGCGCAAGAGCUAACCAGCGGGAGUCCCUCGUGUUACCGUGAUGACACCAUCAGUACUCCAGUGUCAGGCAGUACCUGUGGCCCACGAACGCGCUCCGGUGCGCGUUUCAAGACUCCAGAAAAAGGCGACACCAUCAGUACUCCAGUGCCAGGCAGUACUCGUGGCCCACACACGCGCUCCGGUGGGCGUUUCAAGGCUCCAGAAAAAGGUAAAUCUGUUGAUGUCAGUCCAGCUUCAAACCCAACUCCGACGAAAUGCCCAGCUCCCAAACCGGCGAAGCCCGUAACCCAGCACAAACCGGCUAAGCAACCACCCGGUGAACCCCAACGGGAAGUGAACAAAUCGCCACAUUUGUGGCAUCCAGGAAUGCCGCUCAUCUUCUCUACCCCGCGACAGGAUGAAGUUCCCGCGGCGUCUUGCUCCAUGCCACACCCGCCAGCAACAACCUCAAAGAACGUUUCCAUCAUUGAUUCACCAGUGGGACGCACCAAAUCUGAACCACUAACCCCGUCCAAGCUUCAAGAUCGAUCACCGGUUGCAUCAUCAUCCAAGAAAUCCUCUGGCAGAAUCAGUCCAAUCCUAAUCGAUAUCAUAUCCAGCAAAAUUCCCUCUGACGCAGCGCAUCUUGCGAUAAAACCCGACCUCUUCCAAUCCGACAACAUGCAGAUUUUAACGAUCAUCAAUUUCUCAAAGUCAUUGCCGGAUAACGCCAAUUCCAGUGUGAAUGAUACUGCCCCGGCCAUCUACAUGGAUGUGCCGUUGGACGCGGUUAACGUUCCCAUUUCGCCCUCAAAUGCCAACUGUAGUAUGACUCAUAUUCCCUCGGACAUCUACUCGAAUGCGCCGUUGGAAAUGUGUAACAUCCCCCUCCCGCACUCGAUCUUACCAGUGAAAAGUGUAUCCCUAUUGCCACAGAAGAACGAUAGUCUCAAAGCCCCCAUUGAGGAUCCUAUUGAAGAACCCGGGCCGCGCACCGUCGACGAUAUCUUCCAAUGGCUUGACAAGGAUAUUGAAGCGGCGAAGUUGCGACUUCAGUCGCCCCCCCCGCCAUUUGUGCCUCUGACAAGCAUCACGCCACUCCAACAACAACCAGAGAGUCAACUCCCACCAGCGCCCCCAACGACCCACUUCGGAUCCGCUACUUUUGAAUUUUGGGUUCCCGCGUACACUCAGCCGGUUGAUUUUAAGCAAGAGCAAACUGAAGCUUUCAAAACUGGCAAGCCCAGCGUCUGGGACAGGCCUUCCAUCAAGGCUGAGGAGAACACCCCAGCCCUUGAGACCGCCCCUGCCGCUCCUCAGCUCCCAGAAGCUGGCUCAAAGCUCCCAACCGUUGACGAGGAGGAAGACUCGUCUUCCCCGCCACUCCCGAAGGCAGAGGACGACCCCCCAGCCCCUCCUCAGCUUCCAGGGGCUGUCUCGGAGCUCCCAACCAUCAACGAGGAGGAAGCCUCGUCUUCCCUGCCAUUCCCGAAGGCCGACGACGGCGCUCCAGCCCCCCCUCAGCUUCCAGGGACUGUUUUGGAGCUCCCAACUGCCGUCGAAGAGCACGUCCCGUCUUCCCCGCCACUCCCGAAGGCCAAGGACGACGCCCCAGCCCCUCCUCAGCUCCCUGAAGCUGCCUCAACGCUCCCAACCGCCGACGAGGGGGACGCCCCCUCCUCCCCGCCGCUCUCAAAGGCCAAGGACAACCCCCCAGCCCUUCCUCAGCUUCCGGGGGCUGUUCCGGAGCUCCCAACCGUUGACAAGGAGGAAGCCUUGUCUUCCCCGCCAUUCCCAAAGGCCAACGACGGCGCUCCAGCCCUCCCUCAGCUUCCAGGGACUGUUUUGGAGCUCCCAAUCACCGUCGAAGAGCACGCCCCGUCUUCCCCGCCACUCCCAAAGGGGCUGUCUCGGAGCUCCCAGCCACUCCUGAAGGUCAAGGACGACGCCCCAGCCCUCCCUCAGCUUCCAGGGGCCGUCUCGGAGCUCCUAACCGCCGUCAAACAGCACGCCCCGUCUUCCCCGCCACUCCCGAAGGCCGAGGACGACGCCCCAGCCCCUCCUCAGCUUCCAGGGGCUGUCUCGGAGCUCCUAACCGCCGUCGAACAGCACGUCCCGUCUUCCCCGCCACUCCCAAAGGCCGAGGACGACGCCCCAGCCCUCCCUCAGCUUCCAGGGGCUGUCUCGGAGCUCCCAACCGUCGACGAGGAGCAAGCCUUGUCUUCCCCGCCAUUCCCGAAGGCCGACGACGGCGCUCCAGCCCCCCCUCAGCUUCCAGGGACUGUUUUGAAGCUCCCAACCGCCGUCGAAGAGCACGUCCCGUCUUCCCCGCCACUCCCAAAGGCCGAGGACGACGCCCCAGCCCCUCCUCAGCUCCCUGAAGCUGCCUCAACGCUCCCAACCGCCGACGAGGGGGACGCCCCCUCCUCCCCGCCGCUCUCAAAGGCCAAGGACGACCCCCCAGCCCUUCCUCAGCUUCCGGGGGCUGUUCCAGAGCUCCCAACCGUCGACGAGGAGGAAGCCUCGUCUUCCCCGCCAUUCCCGAAGGCCAACGACGGCGCUCCUGCCCUCCCUCAGCUUCCAGGGGCCGUCUCGGAGCUCCCAACCGCCGUCGAAGAGCACACCCCGUCUUCCCCGCCACUCCCAAAGGUCGAGGACGACCCCUCAGCUUCCAGGGGCUGUCUCGGAGCUCCCAGCCGUCGUCGAGGAGGACGCCCUGUCUUCCCUGCCACUCCCGAAGGCCGAGGACGACGCCUCAGACACUUCAACUGCCCCGGCUCUUCCUCAGCUCACAGAAGCUUCAUUGGAGCUGCUAAUCGCCGCCGAGCAGGACGUUUACUUUUCCCCAUCACUCCCAAGGGCUGA